AUGGAAUCUAGAGACAAUUCUGUUCAAACGAAUUUUAGUAAUGUAAUCAUGAUGCGCACUGGUAUCGGAUAUUGGAUAUUUAUACCAGACAAACGUAUCUUCCAUGGCAGUAUCGAAAUCUAUCGCAAGAUACGUCCAGACAUGCGACUGUCAUUGACACUGCCAGUUAGAUCUGUCUCAGUCCAGUAUCGGCGGUGUAAUGACAACAUUACAUCCUAA